AUGGAUCCACGGCGCAACGAGCGAGAUCGCCUGGUUCAUGCAUUGGCAGAGUUUGCUUCCUUCUUUGCGAAUGAGUCCAAGCGACGGAGACAGAAGUCUCGACAUGACAAGAGUCCCCGCAACGACGUCCUCGCUUGGCUGGGUCAAUUGACUCCCAUGGAACGUGCCGCAGUGACCUCCACCGUCGAUGUCUCGUUCGUGCGGCUGGUCAUUCAAAUGAUGGCAGCUCCCAAGUCCAAAUCCCGCAGCGUGGACGAGUUCCAUGUGUUGCGAACAACGUCGAAACAGGGCAAGGUCUCGUUACCCUUCACGUCCAGGUCAACCUUCAGUCGCCGCCCCGUGACCACGACCCGCGAUGGAGAUGAACUCAUAAUCCCACACUCGAGGGCGUUCGACGUCGCCGCGUCGACGGUUGUCUCCAGCAUGCGCUUGAGCAACACGCACAAGUCCUGCGAUACCGUUGGCCCUUGCAUCUCCCUAAUAGGCAACUUGACUUCGUUUGUGGCGCUCAUGGAUACCGUGACGUUUGGUCACUUUUUGGAGCAGCCACCAGAGGCUGCCACGUGGAAAGACUUGCCCUGGUCUGAGCUUCCGUGGCUUGGAACGUAUGGGUAUUACCCCCUAGCCACCUACGUUGCCCAUCAAAUGGAACUCCAACUAUGGCGCCAUUUUCGUCUUGCCAAGCAAACUACUACGUCUACCGCCAUUCCCAAGGUCGGACUCUUAGCCACCUCGCACUUGGCUCUAGAAUGGCAUCAAGCAUGUCCACGUGUACAAAUCGACACGUGCCGGCGGCUAGCCAUAUCAACCACGUGCCUAGUGCAGAGCCUCCACUCGAACCCAACCAGCUUGGCUUGCGUUCAGUCGUCGCUGGGCCUUUUGCUCGAAAUCAUGAGCCCUCCACGUUCAACAUAUGCGUCAUGUUGUAACUCUGUCGCAGAUACGGCGCCGGGGACAAGUACCUGGUUCAGCUGCUCGUUGGUAGAAGCAGGCUCGCGCCCGCAAUUCGCCAUGGUCAAACUCCUCUGGGCAGAGGAAUUGCAAGCGGAAUGCGCGGCGCUGCUGCGUCGGUCACUCGAGUUGCCAGCGACAAACGACGACGCCACCACUAAAAACAAAACUAAGCAAUCUAAGAAGAAGGCGCAUGCUCGGCAGCGCAAACUCAAACAACGCGACGCGAGUCUUCACCGCAGUCGAUUGGACGCUGUGCUUGGCCAAUUGAAACGAACGGUGCGACUCAAAACCAAGCAACAGCAGGCUACCACGUCACUCGUGGCGGCCGUGCUCUCGGAUCUCGUCUCACAAGUGUGCCACCAAUUGCUUCGUCCCCCACCCCCUCCAACUCGAAUACCCAAGCGAAAACCACCUAAAAAGAUCAAGCCACCAACGAGCAGCAGUCCCCCCGAGUUGCCAGUGACCCCACCACGACGGGUGCUCAAGCUGCACUUGACCAGCCCCAGUCCUUUGUCUUCUUCGAUGGCAGGGUCCCCCCCACGGACCCCCCCCUACUACGACCCGUUUCCCAGCCAAGGGGGGGGACCCCCCCUUCACACAAGCCACUUCUUUCCGAGUCCCCGCCGCCAACCUGCUUCGUUCCAUCAUCCUCCCAUGUCAUUUGCUGAUCUGGACACUCCAAGCGACGAAACAUCCUUCUUUUUACCGCAGCUGUUUCAGGAAGACGCAAUGCCAACUGCCGACUGGUCUGUGACACCGUCGUUUCCGGCCAUGGAUUGGCCCCAUUCGUUUCAGUGGCGGCACUCGGAGACGCGGCUGCCAACGUGGAUGAUGGAGCAGCCCCCAAAGUCCCCGUCCAAGCCAUCACAACCAACAAGUUUACCCCCUAGUACUACUACUAGUACUACUACUACUACCACGGACAACCAGCCUCGUCCUCCCCCCCAUCCGACAUGGACGAUGGUCGAUCAGUCCACUCAAGCGACUACUUCCGUUGAUAUUAGUCAAGAGACCGUAGCGGAACUGCAAUCGAUCAUCGAUUCCAAUGCCAAGACAACAGCAGCGUUGCAGGUGGAAGUAACCCAACUGCAAAACACUGUACGGGAGCUCCAAGCCGCCGUAUUUGCCCUCCAGCAGCCUAAGCCCCCCCCCCCGCCCCCCCCUUCAAGUACCACCAGUACCCGGUCCAACAACUUGUUUGUGUCGGUGCCGGCGUCUGUCCUCCCUCCGAAAACCAAAUUGCACUGGGAUAUUUGCGAAUUUGUCACACAUUUGCAGGCGGAAACCCACAGCCGCCUGGCCGCGCACACGGCCGUGAGUCGGUUCUGCGUGUCCGCUGUCCAAGCGCUGUGGCCCCGCGCCCAAGUGCGGCCGUACGGGUCCUUCGUCACGGGCUUGUCACUCCCGUCCAGUGAUUUGGACCUGGUGAUUUGUUUGCCAAAGGUCCGCCGCGACGAACCCGCCGAAGCGCCGGGGGUACUCGAAGGGCGCAACGCGAUCAAGGAGACGUGGCAGCAGCACCUGGCUCGCAAGCUCCGGUCCGAGUCGUGGGUCGUGCCAGAGUCGGUCAAGACGAUUCCAAAUGCAUCCAUCCCGAUCAUCACUCUGGUCACGACGGCGCCGUACCACGUUCGUCUCGACAUUUCGUUCGAAGGGCCUGGCCACAACGGCCUCGCCACUAACGACCUCGUGCACUCAUUUCUGCACCAACUGCCGGCGCUUCUGCCGCUCAUGCUCGUGCUCAAGACGUUUGUGAUCGACCGAGGCCUGGGAGUGGCCUACACGGGCGGCCUCAGCAGCUACGCGUUGCUGCUGCUUGUCACGCGGUUCCUCCAGGAGUUUGAAGUGACCAACCGGACGUGCCACCCCGAAGCCGUGAGCACCCAGUGCAAUCUCAUCGUGAGCUCGCAAAGCCGAACAGACUUUGGCACGAUGCUCCUCGGGUUUUUAUACUUUUACGGAUCGAAAUUUGACCCACGCCAAACUGGCAUCAGCGUCUCGGUGCUUUUUAGAUCGGGAUGCACUGGCGCAGCAGCACUCGACCGCCACCGCCACGACCACGUUGUGGCACAAUGUGCACAUGGAGCACGUCCAGUUUGAGAACCUCAACCUGAGCUCGCCGGGGUCCCGCCGUCAGAAUUUGCAUCGGGACCACUGGGCCGGCCCCGCGCCAUUCAAGCCAUACGAUUACGAUCCACACAAGUUUGAUCCGAUUUACAUUGAAGACCCGCUACGGCCAGGCAACAAUGUCGGCCGCAACUGCUUUCGCAUCAUGCAGCUCCGUCGGGCCCUUGCGAGUGCGUGGGCGACGCUCAAUCCGGAUGGGGCGGCGUUGGUGCUGCCGUCCAAUCGGUACGUCGGAGGGGUGCCCCUCCACCCCAACAACUUGCUGCGGAGUGUGCUCACGUGCACACACGAGCCCAAGUACAAACCCCCCCACGGGUUGUGGCCAUUGGAAGCUAGUACUACUAGUAGUACUACUA